CAAUCAAUUUGUCCAAUCUAAUCACAACUAGUGGCAACUUUUUCUGCAAAUCUUACAGACGUGACCAGACUUUUCUUCUCCUUUUUACAUAUAAAAAUAUGUAAUCUGGACUAAGCUUUUGAUUCCUAUGGGUAAAUUCUUAUUGAAAUUCACCAAUUAAAGAUAAAAGUAAAAAUUCUUCCAACCCACUUGAGCUAAUUAUUGACGACAAUAGUUGAACAAACGUAGUACCAGCCAAGAAUACGUGUCCAAUAAACUCUCAGUUAGUAAACCUAUGAAUAUUUUGAACCCCUUUUGCUUUUACUGUUGAAUAUUGUCAAUUCUGUAAGUCAAUAACAGUAGUGGAGAAAAAAGUUUGAUUCUUUCUGAUGAAUCUGAAACCCCUUUUGUUUCUUGAUGAUGGAGCGUUAUGAGAUAGUGAAGGAGUUGGGUUCUGGUAAUUUUGGAGUAGCAAAGCUUGUUUGUGAUAAGAACACUAAAGAACUCUUUGCUGUUAAGUUUAUUGAAAGAGGCCAAAAGAUAGAUGAACAUGUGCAAAGGGAAAUUAUGAAUCAUAGAUCAUUGAAACAUCCAAAUAUAGUGAGGUUUAAAGAGGUCUUGCUUACACCUACUCAUCUAGCAAUAGUAAUGGAGUAUGCUGCGGGAGGAGAGCUCUUUGCGAGGAUCUGUAAUGCUGGAAGAUUUAAUGAAGAUGAGGCGAGGUUCUUCUUUCAACAACUGAUAUCUGGGGUUAGCUACUGCCAUUUCAUGCAAAUCUGUCAUAGAGAUCUCAAAUUGGAAAACACGUUACUUGAUGGAAGUGCUGCACCACGUGUGAAAAUAUGUGAUUUUGGGUACUCCAAGUCAUCCGUCUUUCAUUCUCAACCUAAGUCCACUGUGGGGACACCUGCUUAUGUAGCACCAGAGGUCCUAACAAGGAAAGAAUAUGAUGGAAAGCUUGCAGAUGUUUGGUCCUGUGGAGUCACCUUAUAUGUAAUGCUGGUUGGAGCUUAUCCAUUUCAAGAUUCAAGUGAUCCCAAAAACAUUAAAAAGACUAUUUCUAAAAUACUCACUGCUCGCUACUCAAUUCCUGAGCAAAUCCAAAUUUCCCUUGAAUGCCGCCAUCUCAUAACCAGGAUUUUUGUGGCAGACCCUGAAAAGAGAAUAACCAUUCCAGAAAUUAAAAUGCAUCCCUGGUUUUUAAAGAACUUACCAGUGGAACUGAUGGAAGGAGGAAGUUACCAAUGUGUCGAUGUAAAUAACCCAUCCCAGAGCAUGGAAGAAGUUUUGGCAAUAAUACAAGAGGCUAGAGUUCCUCUGCAGGUUGGAACACAUUCUUUAGGGGGCAGUAUGGAACUUGAUGAACUGGAUGAAGCUGAUAUUGAAGAUGUAAUCGAAACUAGUGCUGAUUUUGCUGGUCUACUGUGAUGUGUUACACAAUGCUGUAAUUACCAUUAGGGUGAAAGAAGAGAACAAUUGGCAAGUGCUGUAAUAUCCUGAGUAGACACUCAAGAUCACCCAAUGAUUUGCUGAUAGUUUUUUUUUCUUCCUUUCGACUAAAAGUUGUUUACUACUUUUGAAAUCUUCGCUUAGUGGAAAUCUGGUCUUUAGAAACACACGCUUGUACCACAAGAUAACAGUUUUGCAUAGAUUCUGGAAUUACAUCCUUUUUCACACCGUGUAGAA